CUUUCUUUUUCACUUUUAUUCAUUUCCUUGCUUUUCAUGUUAGUUUUGUGCAGUUUAUGUCAACUAGUACAUUCAUCAGUAGGAUGCCAUCAUUAUUAUCAUUAUACAAUAGUUUGUGGUGUAAGGAGGGAGAUAUAAUUCAAGUAAUAUAACUGAUUUUAAAGUUUGAGCAAGGAAAAACUUAAAAAUAAGAGAAAAAAGAGAGAGAAAAAGAAAGGAAAAGAUGCGCCUGGAGAUGGUCGUUCCCAGACUUCCUCUUCMAUCAUUCAAUGUCAGCGGUAUAUACCAUUAGAAGACGCCGAAARAACGUCGGUUCGGAGCCAUGUUGGAUUAUUGUUUGUGCAAAGUUUCCUGAAGUUUUGCUUUGCAAAGUACUCACCGAAACUUCCUACACUUAAAAGAUACUACAAGCAAUACCUGGUGUGUCUAAAGUGUCAACAUGGCUGAUGCCACCGCCAGAUCGCGGCAAUACGAGUAUAAAGAGAACUCCAAUCUUGUUUUACAAGCYGAUAGGUCACUUAUCGACCGUCGUAGUAGAGAUGAAGCUACUGGUGAAGUUGUGUCUCUUGUGGGUCAYCUUGGUACAAUAAGAAUGGGUGACAAAUAUGAAAGAACCAAGCCACCGGUUAAUACUGAACGCAAAGCAAAGAGGCAAAAGUUAUCAGAAAAAGAGGAUUUCAGUAAGCUUAAAGGCAAUACAUUGUUAUCUGAUGACAUWGAGGAUCUCUCUGGAAUACAAUACAGACCUAAGACCAGAGAAAGUAAAGCAACUUAUGAAGUUCUCUUGACUUUUAUCCAAGCUGCAAUUGGUGAUCAGCCACGAGAUAUUCUUUGCGGAGCUGCUGACGAAGUUUUAUCUUGCUUGAAAGAUGAUAAACUGAAGGACAAAGAAAAACAAAAGGAGAUUAUGAUGCUGCUUGGGAGCAUUCCUGAUGAACGUUAUGCAUUACUAGUCAAUCUUGGCAAGAAAAUUACUGACUAUAGUGUUGAUAGAGACUAUACAAAUCAAGAUGAAGUGAUUGAUGAGACUUAUGGUGUGGCCGUCCAGUUUGAUGAAGAAGAGGAAGAAGAAAAAGACUUUGAUGAAGUCAGAGAAUCRGAUUCUGAUGAUGACAAGGAGGAUGGUGUGGAAGCCGACACAACAAUGACCCUCCAGGGUGGGUUGUCAGAAUCACAACAGAACUCUAGUGAUAYGCUUCAUCCWCGCCACAUUGAUGCGUUUUGGCUGCAGCGUGAGUUAAACAAGUAUUAUGCAGAUGCCGAGGCGUCAAGAUCCAAAUCAGAGGAAGUCUUAGAGAUUCUUAAAAGUGCAAGUGAUGARAGAGAGCUUGAGAAUAAACUUAUGCUUCUUCUUGGUCAUGACAAGUUUUCAUUCAUAAGACUUUUGCGAAAGAAUCGUAACAUGGUACUAUACUGCACGCUAUUGGCUACGGCACAGAGUGGUAAAGARAAGAAAGAGAUUGAAGAGAAGAUGGAAGCUGAUCCUGACUUAGCUCAGAUUUUACAUGCUCUUACUGAAACAGACAAGGGAGACCUUGUACAGGAAGAACGAGCAAGAAAAGCAGCCAAUAGAAAGGCCCGUAUAGCGGCSGACUUGGAUGCCAUUGAAUCUGACCAAACMAGAGGCAACAGAAAAAUAAUUGACUUAGAGGAACURCAGUUUAAAGAUGGCAGCCAUUUGAUGGCCAACAAGAAGUGUCAGCUUCCUAAUGGGUCYYUAAGGAAGAAGGGUAAAGGAUAUGAAGAAGUACAUGUACCGGCAUURAAACCAAAGCCAUUUGAUGCUGGAGAGCAACUUACCCCAAUAUCAUCAYUACCAAAGUAUGCUCARCCAGCCUUUGAAGGKUAUCCAACCCUUAACAGAAUCCAGAGUAGACUGUGUAACACUGCUUUAAACUCAGAUGAAAACAUCUUACUUUGUGCUCCAACUGGUGCUGGUAAAACUAAUGUCGCACUCUUGACUAUUCUGCGAGAAAUAGGAAAGCAUAUCAAYCUGGACGGCACMAUUAAUACUGAGGAAUUUAAAAUCAUUUAUAUUGCUCCUAUGAGGUCACUAGUACAGGAAAUGGUUGGGAAUUUUUCCAAGAGGUUGGGAACAUAUGGUAUCACCGUAUCWGAGUUAACAGGCGACCACAAUCUGAGCAARGAACAAAUCAACAGYACACAGAUCAUUGUCUGUACUCCAGAGAAAUGGGACAUCAUCACACGCAAGAGUGGUGACCGCACUUACACCCAGUUAGUACGRCUAAUGAUUAUUGAUGAAAUCCAUCUUCUACACGAUGACCGUGGUCCUGUUUUGGAAUCAUUGGUUGCUCGUACCAUAAGACAAAUAGAAGCAACACAAGAACUAGUUCGACUGGUUGGWUURAGUGCAACAUUGCCAAACUAUGAAGAUGUGGCAACAUUCAUGCGUGUUAAUCCUGCAAAGGGGUUGUUCUUCUUUGAUAAYUCAUUCAGACCUGUUCCAUUAGAACAACAGUAUAUUGGAGUGACAGAGAAAAAACCUGUUAARAGAAUGCAGGUUGUMAAUGAAGUAGUUUAUGAUAAAGUCAUGGAGCAUGCUGGCAAAAAUCAGGUUCUUGUCUUUGUCCAUUCACGUAAGGAGACAGCAAAGACAGCCAAAGCUGUCAGAGACAUGUGUCUUGAAAGGGAUUCRUUGGGUCUUUUCUUGAGAGAGGAUUCUGCUAGCACUGAAGUAUUGAGAUCUGAAGCAGAGCAAGUAAAGAAUCCAGACCUAAAAGAUCUCCUUCCAUAUGGUUUUGCCAUCCAUCAUGCYGGGAUGACAAGGGUGGACAGGACAUUAGUGGAAGAUUUGUUUGCCGAUAAGCACAUACAAGUACUUGUGUCCACAGCAACCCUUGCCUGGGGUGUUAACUUGCCUGCACAUACUGUCAUUAUUAAAGGCACACAGGUGUACAGCCCAGAGAAAGGUCGCUGGGUUGAAUUAGGAGCUCUUGAUAUCCUGCAAAUGUUGGGUCGUGCUGGUAGACCWCAGUAUGACUCCAAAGGAGAAGGAAUCCUCAUCACCAGCCAUGGAGAACUACAGUACUACUUGUCACUCAUGAACCAACAGCUUCCAGUUGAGAGUCAGUUUAUUUCCAAGCUGGCUGAYAAUCUGAAUGCAGAGGUAGUGUUGGGAUCGGUACAGAAUGCUAAAGAAGCCGUUCACUGGCUUGGUUAUACAUACUUGUAUAUCCGUAUGCUGCGCAACCCUUCGCUGUAUGGCAUAUCAGCUGAUGAAAUAGAAAAAGACUCYCUCUUAGAGCAGAGGAGAGCAGAUUUAGUUCAYUCAGCAGCAACUUUGUUAGACAAAAACAACCUCAUCAAAUAUGACAAGAAAACUGGCAGUUUUCAGAGUACRGAACUUGGCCGUAUUGCCAGUCACUAUUAUUUGACSCAUGAGACCAUYUCUACCUUCAACAACCUGCUUAAACCAACUCUMAGYGAGAUUGAGUUGUUCAGGGUGUUUUCUUUAUCAUCUGAAUUCAAGUACAUCACUGUUAGAGAGGAGGAAAAACUAGAGCUCCAUAAGUUGCUGGAGAGAGUGCCUAUACCAGUAAAAGAAAGCAUUGAAGAACCAAGUGCAAAGGUGAACGUGCUGUUGCAGUCAUACAUUUCUCAACUGAAGCUAGAAGGCUUUGCAUUAAUGUCCGACAUGGUAUACAUUACCCAGUCUGCAGGGCGUCUACUGAGGGCCAUCUUUGAAAUUGUACUGAAUAGAGGCUGGGCUCAACUUGCUGAAAAAGCUUUGAAUUUGAGUAAAAUUGUGGACAAAAGAAUGUGGUUGUCGAUGACACCUUUGCGUCAGUUCAAGAAAAUCCCCAUGGAAGUAAUCAAGAAGAUAGAAAAGAAAGAAUUCCCCUGGGARAGGUACUAUGACCUGGGGCCCAAUGAAAUUGGAGAACUUGUUCACAUGCCWAAGAUGGGGAAAACUUUACACAAGUUUGUACAUCAGUUGCCGAAAAUGGAACUGGCCACUCAUAUCCAACCAAUAACUAGGUCAACWUUAAGUGUGGAGUUAACUGUUACUCCUGACUUCCAGUGGGAUGAAAAAGUUCAUGGAAACUCUGAAGCCUUCUGGAUUCUUGUAGAGGAUGUUGACAGUGAAAUCAUACUUCACCAUGAGUACUUUCUACUCAAGGCCAAGUAUGCUUCUGAUGAACACAUAAUUAAGUUCUUUGUUCCAGUCUUUGAACCUUUGCCGCCUCAGUACUUUAUACGCAUUGUUUCUGAUAAAUGGUUAGGCUCAGAAACUCAGCUUCCUGUGUCAUUCAGACAUCUGAUUCUACCAGAAAAAAAUCAACCACCUACUGAGCUUCUUGACCUUCAACCUCUACCAGUAUCAGCACUGAGAAACCCAGCAUUUGAAUCACUGUACAAGGAUAAGUUCCCUUACUUUAAUCCUAUCCAAACUCAAGUGUUCAGUACUUUGUAUGACUCUGAUGAGAAUGUGCUCAUUGGAGCACCUACAGGUAGUGGGAAAACUAUCUGUGCUGAAUUUGCAAUCCUGCGUUURCUACAACAAGGGUCUGACCAUAGAUGUGUGUAUGUUACUCCAUUGCAGUCGUUAGCUGAACAUGUUUAYGCUGACUGGCAGAGCAAGUUUGGAAUGUUACUUGGAAAGAAUGUGGUCCUUUUGACUGGUGAAACAAGUGCAGACCUCAAGCUUCUUGCUAAGGGUCAUAUAAUUGUCAGUACACCAGAUAAGUGGGAUAUAUUGUCAAGAAGAUGGAAGCAAAGAAAGAAUGUACAAAAUGUCCAUCUGUUUGUCAUGGAUGAAGCGCACCUCAUUGGAGGAGACAAAGGGCCUGAGAUGGAAGUUAUUUGUUCUCGUAUGAGGUACAUCUCAUCACAACUUGAAAGGAACAUUAGAAUAGUGGCCUUGAGUUCUUCUCUAGCAAAUGCAAAGGAUGUUGCUCAGUGGCUUGGAGUUAGUUCAACUGGUCUUUUCAAUUUCCAUCCUAACGUGAGACCAGUUCCUCUUGAGCUUCACAUCCAAGGUUUCAACAUCACCCAUACAGCAUCAAGACUWAUWGCCAUGACAAAACCAUCCUACCAAGCAAUCAUUAAACACUCCUCCAAGAAACCUGUCAUAGUAUUUGUACCAUCAAGAAGACAAACCAAACUACUUGCCCUUGAUCUUGUUACCUUYAGUGGUGCWGAYAGCGAUGGACAAAGGUUUCUUCAUUGUACUGAGGAAGACUUGCAACCUUUCCUAAAGAGAAUCAAUGACAAAACGCUACAAGARACGUUGACUUGUGGAAUUGCAUUUCUUCAUGAAGGAUUGUCAGAAACUGAAAUCAAAGUCACAGAACAGUUGUUCACUUCUGGUGCUAUACAGGUGGUGGUUGUGAGUCGUAGUUUGUGUUGGUCUCUUAACAUGAACUCUCACCUUGUCAUYAUAAUGGACACACAAUUCUAUGAAGGCAAAAACCACUCAUAUGUUGACUAUCCUGUCACCGAUGUGCUACUCAUGAUAGGGUUUGCUAACAGACCACUUCUAGAUGACUCUGGAAAAGCUGUUAUUCUCUGUCAGGCAUCAAAGAAAGAGUUUUUCAAGAAGUUCUUGUAUGAGCCUUUACCAAUUGAGACAAAGCUACGAGGAUUGAUUGAAAUCAUUGCCUCGGCAUUUGAAUAUGAAGAGCUUCCCAUCCGUCAUCAUGAAGAAGCAACGUUAAAACAGUUGUUAAACCGUGUGGUGCACAAGGUUUCAAAUCCAAAGUUCAAUGAUCCUCACAUCAAGACAAACCUACUGCUACAGGCUCACUUGUCGCGCAUGCAGCUCUCGCCUGAAUUACAAUCUGAUACAGAAAUUAUYUUAGGAAAGGCGAUGCGACUGAUCCAAGCGUGUGUUGAUGUGUUGAGUAGUAACGGUUGGYUAUCUCCAGCCUUGGCUGCCAUGGAACUUGCUCAAAUGGCAACCCAAGCAAUGUGGAGUAAGGAUUCGUACUUGAAACAGAUUCCUCAUUUUACCCCGGAAAUCAUCAAAGCAUGUACUGAAAAGGAUGUGGAGUCAGUGUUCGAUAUCAUGGACCUUGAAGACGAGGAGAGAAAUAAGCUUCUUAAACUUGAUGACAGCAAAAUGCAGGAUGUAGCUCGUUUUUGCAACAGAUAUCCAAACAUCGAGCUGUCWUAUGAAGUACUUGACAAGAGUGAUAUAAAAACUGGUCGACCUGUGAAUCUAGUGGUCGAGCUAGAGCGAGAGGAUGAGCAAGCCGGKCCRGUGUUUGCGCCGUUCUUCCCUCAGAAGAGAGAAGAGGGUUGGUGGUUAGUUAUUGGCGACACCAAAGCUAACGGACUCAUUUCCAUCAAACGUCUCACACUACAGCAGAAGGCAAAGGUGCGUCUGGACUUCGUUGCUCCGUCGUCCCCGGGAACCUACUCCUACACUUUGUUCUUCAUGUGUGAUGCUUACAUGGGCUGUGAUCAAGAAUAUCCAUUCAAAAUCACCGUAGAGCAGGGUGUUAGUGAGGACGAAGGCGAUAGUGAUGACAGUAUGGACGAAUAAYCAUCGGGAUUCUUGAAAGAUGCUUAACUUUGUAAAAUCUCGACUCUUUUGGAUUGUAAAAAUAAACUUAAUGUAUUGAAAGACGCA